AGCUAGAGCUAAAGCCCUCUCCUGAUUCCUGAGCUGUUGGAGGAGCAAUAGAAUGGCCAGCAAAUACGAGAGUAAGUACAACAGUGAUGAAGAUGAAAACGAAGAUAUAUAUGAAGUCCUUCCGGAGCUUCAGUUGCAACUGGAAUCAGUGAACUGGUUCCACCCGUAUCUGACCCGCCAUCAGUCUGAUGCUAUACUCCAAACCUCACAAGAAGGUGUUUAUCUUUUACGAAAGAGGAGUCGCGGGGGCUGGGGCCGCUAUUCACUUGAUAUAAAAGGUAAACAAUCAGUGAAACACUUUCCGGUUGCAUUGACUGAGAGAGGAGUCAGUCUUGGAUCAAAACUAUUUGAUUCAGUUCAUAUAUUUCUAACUCAUUUCCAAUCAAACCCUGUCAUUGCCGAUGAAUCAGGAUCAUUUCUGGAAUGUAAAUUUCCCUACCCACAAAAAGUGAAUGAAUUUGAAGAGUACAACAAAGUGACUUGUCAUUUUCUGUAUGGAGACGAUGAUUCUGAUGAAGAUGAUGAAACCAGAGUUGGCUAUUCUGCUGCCACUAAAGAAGGAUACAUUAAGAAGCAAGGAGGACAAAUUAAAUCAUGGAAAACAAGAUGGUUUGUUUUAAAAGAUGCGAAUUUGUCCUAUUAUUCAAAUCACAAAAGUAAGAAGCCAAUCAAAGUGAUACCAGUGGACAAGAUAGUCCAUAUAUUAGGAGAUGAUCCUUCGAAAUGUUUCAGGUAAUAUCCAUAACACAAUAAUAGAGUCUGAAUAGCGUGGGAGAGUGUAGAGUUAUUGUGUCGUGUUCUGUUAUUACCAAUUAUCCAUUUUGGUCAUCAACAUUGUCAUAAUUAUGGACACUAAGUGAAGGGAUAUGGUA